UGUGGGUUGUCAACAGAUCAGACUGCUGAAUGAGAUGGUGUGCUUUUCUUAAAACAGUGAGAGUCAAGUAAAGACAGUCCGCAACGAUGUCAGGCCCUAUAGCAGAUGGCGAGGGGAAGGUCCUGACGCUCGAGGACCUCAUUGAGGCAAUGGAUAAGCAGGAAAGGACGCCAAGUAAUGUCCCCGAGGUCAAUACUUUCCACUUCAAUGGGGAACGAGUUUCUGAUUGGUUGGACUUGGUGGAGCAAGCCUUGGUGGGGUUAUCGAAUGUGGUGAAGUUUCAGCCCAUCCUAAAGUAUGUACUUCAUGUCCACCAUCUGGAGGUGGAGAAGGUUAUUAAUGCGGCCAACGGUAGCUGGGCCAGAUUCAAGGAUGGAAUGCAGAGAAAGUAUAGGUUGGGCGAUGGACUGUUAACCACGGUGGACUUGGAAGCCAUGAACAGAGACGACUUCACCACGGUGGGGGCGUUCGUGCAGGAAUUCAAGAAGAACCCAAGAAAGGUUCAUGGCAUCUCAGAGGAAGCCCAAUGCACUAUCUUUUUUAGGCUGCUUCCUGCCGCGGAGGCUGCAGAGCUGAUAAGCCAUGGAGGAGGAAGCAAGAAACUCACCUGGGCCACUAUUGAUAAAGGUGUGGCAGAGGGAAGUCUGGACGAGGUAGAACAGUACCAGAUGCGCCUACAAAGGCGUAAAAGGAAGGAAAGGGAUGCCACAACGUCUGGAACCCAGGAGUUGGCGCAGGCUGCUCGUACCCGAGGCCAGGCUAAGGCCGCUGCAAGCCAAGAGCCUACUCGAAAAAGACCUGAGCCAGAGAAGAGAAAGGAAGUCGUGGAGGUAGAGGAUGAUGACGAGGAGGAAGAAGAGGACGAAAGGUUGCGCCAAGAGGAAGCCCAGAGGGCGGAGCAAAGGGCCAGAAAGAGAGAAGCCCGAGAGGAAGCCGAGCCGAUCCUGCGCGAUGUACCACCCAAGAAAAAGAAGUAUGCGGUCCGACUCGAAGAAGGGUUCGAUGCAGAAAGGGUAAUUGAUAGGUUGUUGGAGGACCACAACGACCUGAUGACCCUAAAGGAGAUUUUGGCGCCAGCUCCUAAACUCCGAGAUGGACUGAAGGGGAGGUUAUCGCGACGCCUGGUGCCAAGUGUCCAUCUGAGUACGAUUCUGCCAAAAGAGGCGGAAUGGGCAGAGACAGGGACAAAGAUGGACUGGAAAUGUGUAGCUUGUGCUAUGGUGGAUUUGAUGGUGAAGGGCUCUAAGUGUGCAGCAAUGGUGGAUACGGGAGCGGAGAUGAAUAUCAUUCGCGAAGCUGACACACUCAGAUUUGGGGUGGAGAUAGACCGAUCUGAUUGCGGCAUCCUACAUGGAUCCAACUGCAAGGCGGUGCUUUGCGGGACAGCCUCGAAUGUACUUAUCGAGGUUGGAAGAGUAAAUGCCAGGGCCUGUUUUUUUGCCAUGCCAGAUGUGGACCACCGCAUCCUCCCGGGAAGGGCGUUCUUAUGGAGGACGGAAAUGUUGAUGUUCAAUAAACACAACGGGACUCUGAUCCUGAUCAUGUGUGACCUUGCCUGCGGAAAUUAUGAAGUGAUCACCUGCAGGAAUACAGGGCAUCGAAGCAUAAGGAACCGACCCAAUCCGGGCUCGUUCACGAUUGAGGAGUCGGAGGGCGAGUGCCGGAGGCUCCUUAUGGAGCCAGAGGAGGAAGAAAGGGUCGAGGCAUUUUCCCUCAGAUUGUCAGACGUGAAUAAGGUCAUGGACAUAGUGGCCACGCACGAGAUGGAGGAUCCAGACGCCAUCGAGGCAUUGAGGGAACAGGUCAUGGAAUGCCCCCAGGCUGGGGAGUUGGAGUUGGUAUAUCGGCUUCCAGGUGGGAGGAUGAACUCGGCACCAAUGCAAGCGCAAGCUAAAGCCGAGCUCAGGCUGGUGCUCAAGCUUUUCGAAGAGGAAGAUCCGUGGGGCAGUAAAGAUGUCCAUUGGAUGAUGAAGUUGACAUUGGCAGGCUCGCAUAGUCUGGUAGAGGAGAUGAGGACGAUAGAGGAAGGACCGGAUCAGGUAGAGAAGCACGAGGAGUUGAUGGGAGGGAUGUAUCUCCUCAUCAAUACGCUGCUGCAAGGAAACUUUGAUGAGAUAGGCUCGUUGAAUCCGACUGAGAAUGAGGAUGUGAUGCCAGAGAGUCAGAAUGACGAGUUUGAGGAGGGGGAGAUCAAAGAGGCAUUCCGUGCAGAGGAGUAUGAUGGAAUCUACCUAGAACUAAGACUUUUUCUAUCAUGCGAAAUGCGGGAUAGGGAUGCGAGCGAUAGGAACCAAAGGAUGAGGCAACGCUAUUUGGUAAGAGAUGGUCAUCUUUUUGUAAAGAGGCAAGUGAGAAAUCCCAGGAGGGUCAUAUGCAGCAGAAACCAUCAGAUUGAUGUUAUAGCUGCGCUUCAUGGUGGCAUUGCGGGAGGACACCGAGGAGUUAGUGCCACAUAUGCCAAGAUAAGUGAGUUAUAUUAUUUGGAUGGGAUGAUGAAGAUAAUUGGUAAGUUUUGUCGGUCCUGCGUACCUUGUCAAGAGCGAUCUCGUCUGAGGUCGGGAGAGCCACUGCAUCCGAGGUUGGAAAGGGAAGUAGGGGCUGUAGUACAUCUCGACUUACUCUUCAUGCCACUUGGGGAUCAUAGCUACAAUUACAUCUUCGAUGCGCGCGAUAACCUUUUUGGCUUUGUAGAUGGGAGGGUCAUUCAUACAAAUAUCGGGUCAGUCUUGGUUAGCUGCAUCGAUGAGUACUACAUGCGCUAUCCCUUUGUCAGAGAGUUCGUACUGGAUAGAGGGUCGGAGUUUACCUGCCAGGAAGUGCAAGAAUUGUUAUCAAGGUCUGACUUUGCGAAGACAGCCAUGCCAAGAGGAGGGAGGGGGACAUGGCCGCCACGGAGGCCGUUUGGAGCAUUAGGAGGUUACGAGCGGCAUGGGUCUCGCCACCGAGAGAGUACGCCCGUGUAUGAUGAUGGGGAUAUAGAGUUAUUCCUGGACGAUUUUCGAGGGUAUGCGGAGCGUAUGGGCUCAACCAUGACUCGGACGAUCGAGAGGCUGAGAGGAGCCGGUAGGUUCGCUGAGCCCAUUGCACAGAUUUGUACGGAGGCGAGGAUGCAGGAGCUACGACCAUCACCUGUGGGACCUGAUGGCAGACCGAUCCGCCUGGAGAUCAGGAAUGUGGAGGAUUUCAUCCCCGCCUUCGAGCAGUUCAUGCAUGGCCAGGGCAUAUUGAGGGAUGAGUGGGAGAGACAGAGAUUGGAAAAGGCAGGGGCACUCCCAGAUCUGCCAGCACCACCCAAGCCAUACGGAAUCAAGGAGAUGUGGGAUGAGUUCCUAGACCUGCAUGACGAAGGAUUGACGGCUCCAGAAAGGGCAGAAGUUGGGACUUCGAAGAAGGCGGAUGAGUACUUGGAUCGAAAGAUCUGCUUCCUGGCCAAGACAUCCUUCGAUAGAUAUAUGAUGUUGGAAGCUGAUAUGACAGGGAAGAAGAUGAAGGAGAUGAGCCAUGGAGUACAUCUGGAGGCCGUCGAGGCUGAGGUCCAAGAGCUCAGAGCAUUGGUGGCUAGUCAAGCUGCCAUCAUCCAGGAUUUGAGGCAGCAACCAAGAGGCGGGGCUGACAGAGUUGAUAGGGAGGGGCCAACCGAGGUGGUGGACAGGGCAAAGAGCAGCCAGCGUGGAGAGGAGAGAAGGACAGAGUCUGGCUUAUCAGGACGGCCGUCUGCAGCUGAACACCCCCAGGGGCCGCCUAUGGGAAGAGUCAUCUUGAAGCCUGAGGAGGCGAAAACCAAGAGGGAGGCAGAGAGAGAGGCCUUUGGGUUUAGAGUCCCUACUGAACUCGCCACACUGCCCAUAACAGUUGUGGAGCCCACCAUCCCACUAUCAGUUGAGGAGGGGCGGCAGACAGCCAGCAGCGAGCCUGUUCAAGGCUCAGCAGAGGGAUCCAUGGACGUGCUUCUCGAGGCGGUUCAUACUAUGCAAAAGGAGGCGAGUCUAUUUUCACCUGAGCAGAGGGUGGAGGGACCUCCUGAGAGAGAGAUGGGGAUUGCGAUAGGGGACGUCAUCGAGGGCGGGCCUCAGAGGUUGGAUACACCCGAGUACAGGCCAGAGGGGAUUGUGAUACGACCAGAGCCAAGUACUCAGGAGUUGGGGACAGGACCAGAGGAGCCUUUGGAUGUGCCCCGGUGUCAUGAGGUGGUCAGGGAAGCAAGCGAAACACCAUCAUUGUCAGAAUCUGAGAAGAAAAAGAAAAGAGGUCGAAGGUCAGGUGAUUUGUCUUGUUUCUUCUGCAAGAGCGAGAAGCACAGGGCCUUGCAGUGUCCUAAGUUCUUAAAGGACCUAGCUGAAGGGAAAGUCACGGAGAGCGGUGGAAGGAUGUAUGAUAGACAGGGCAGGGUAGUAGAACGGUCUGCCGAUGGGGGUAGGGCCUAGUUGUACAUGCAAAACCAGGAGGAGAUGAGUGGGUAGGGACUGGUUCGCCUAAGUGGGGGCAGACAUUA